GGUAGUCGUAGAAGGGAGCGGAGAUACGAAACAUUUGCCCAUGUGUUACCCAAACGCUCAGUUACACAUGCCAUCAAAUUCUGUUACAAAUACUUGUGUGGUGUGAGAGUAGAAAACUCCAUACGGUUAAAGAAACGAAAUGGUCUGGCGCUCGUGGGGCGCGCGCGGUCUCCCCACUUCAGCACUCUGGACAGCGCUCCACCAACUUGGAGACGGCAAAACUUGUAGGAGUUCAAUUCUGGAAUGACGACCUUGGAGAUAAACGACGGUGCAAUCAUGGUGGAUAUUAAGUGUAUAUUAUCUACAGGUGCAUGCAAAACGCAAGUGGACUUUUUCAAGUGAGACAUGGACUUUGCGGAAAUUAUCUUCACGUUGUUCAUUGUUGUGGUCGCAAUUGUCUCGUUGUUGUCGAACUUGCUGGUGCUGCUAUGUUUUGUCCAGAGCACCGAGAUCCGCCGACAGGUACCGGGUAUAUUCAUCAUGAACCUGUCUUUUUGCAACAUACUCAUCACCCUUUUAAACAUGCCAUCGACAUUGGUGGGGAUUGUCAGAAACCACCAGCCUUUUGGGGAUUGCCUUUGCCAUACAGUGAGCUUUCUGGAGACCUUUUUGACUGCGAACACUAUGUUGAGUAUGGCAGCACUCAGUAUAGACCGCUGGAUAGCAGUGGUGUUCCCCUUGAGUUACUCCAGUAAAAUGCGCUACAAGGACGCAGUGAUCAUGAUGUGCUACUCGUGGCUCCACUCCCUCACGUUUUCCCUCAUCGCCCUCCUGUUCUCCUGGGUUGACUAUAGCCACAUUUACGCCUCGUGCACAUUGCAUUUGAGCGAGGAGAGCGACAGGAUCAAGUUUACAAUUUUCACCGUCGUUUUCCACGCCAGUAGUUUCAUGCUCUCCCUGCUGAUCCUGUGCUUCACAUAUUUGAAGGUGCUAAAAGUUGCACGCUUCCACUGCAAGAGGAUAGACGUUAUAACCAUGCAGACGCUGUUCUUGCUGGUGGAUAUUCACCCAUCUGUGAAACAAAGGUGUCUGGUAGAACAAAAGAGAAGGAAACAGAGAGCCACCAAGAAAAUCAGCAUUUUCAUUGGGUCGUUCAUCAUCUGUUUUGCUCCCUAUGUUAUUACGAGGUUGACCGAGUUGCUUCCCUUCGUGGGAAUCAACCGCCACUGGGGAAUUGUCAGUAAGUGCCUGACAUACAGCAAGGCGGCGUCCGACCCCUUUGCCUACUCCCUCCUGCGUCUACAGUACAAGAAGGUCCUGGUUACCGUUGUCAACCGGUUGCUGCGCCGUGACCUGUACCCCUCAUCUGGCCACAACAGCUCUCUGGACACAGAGAACGACUACUCUCUCCAGAGGAUCAGUUAAUGUCACCAUUAUGGACAUAACAAAUAUACCACAGACAGACAGACCCAAAAUAAAGGUUUCCUCGUGGAAAGAGUGGAGGUGAGAGAGAGAAGGAAGAGAGCAAGAUGGGAGAAAGGGGGAUUGUAGGAAAUAGGAGAGAGCGAGAGAGAGAGAGAGGGAAGUUGUGGGAGGGGAAGAGGUGGAUGAGGUGGAUAGAAGGAGACAGCAGAAAAACAGGUGGGGUAGACAGCGGAAGAGAGGGCAAGACGGAUAGACUGCACAGAGAAUGAUCGCGUUCAGGGACAUUUGCUCCAGACAAUACUGGUAAACAAGGGAGUCUGAUGAUCCAUGAUUCACUGGCAGAGCCACACACACACACACACACACACACACACACACACACACACACACACACACACACACACACACACACACACACACACACACACACACACACACACACACACCCAGAGCCAGAGCCAGAGCCAGAGCCAGAAUCAAAUGAAUCAAUGUUAUUGAAUCAGCCAGGGGUUCGGUCGAUUCAUAAAGGGAGGGAUCACUCCACAAGAGUCUGAAUGCUAGUGGGCUUUUAUAACAUAAUAACCUCUUUAUAAAGGAGAUGUCAUAGCCACAUUUACAGACCUUUUGACACCCGUAUAGAAUAUAGGAACGUGCUAUUAAGGUUAUUAAUCUCUCGUGGACAGAUGCACGUAACAUAAAUGGUAGUAGAAGCUGUUGACAGACUGUGGGAUGCCAUGACUAACGAGGAACUUUGUUCCGGUACGCUGAUUUUUCAUCACUGACCACUUGGACAAAUCACGAUUUUGCAGGUGCUCGCAUCGUUCGAAUUUCGGAAGGGGAGGGGACAUUUUGGGCCACAGACUUGCCCGUAACUGGCUGAGAGUUUUCAUAUAGAGGGGUGGAGACUUUGCUGGUCUCAUUAAUAUAUUUUAUAACACGUCUCCCCCAGAACUUAAUGGAGGACCUGGCACAUUUCGCAAGAUGUCCUUUCUGGGUGUCCGAGGUUAUGUCCUGUCAACUGGACAGAGUGGAAGAUGGGAAAGCUUUGCUAGCGGCUGACCAGUAGCCAUUCGGGCACUGGUGCAAUUUCAAGGGGCACCAAUUCAUUUCUUGAAGUUAAAAUGUGAACUUUUCAAUGAAUGGUACUUGCUGUGGCAAAUGCUGCCAACUAGAUAGCCAUGUUAUGUAGCCUAUGGACUGUGUUUUAGACUACUACUGCAGUUGCUCACAAUUUCACAUCAAUCACUGGAUAUUGAUGCACUUUGUAUUUCUCUCAGAGCUACUAGUUAUAACAGCCAAAGGCAAAUGCCAUCAUGUUUACUAUGGUAGCGUGUUGUAACUGAAUGUACUGCAGGUAUUAAGGUAAUUUUGACUGAAAUGGAUUUGUACUAUUGUGUAUAUUGUAAUACUUUAUUCUGCCAGGUGAUUGCUGGAAAUGUUUAUAUGGAUAUUUAUAAAUACCGGAUGUUAUCUUUAUCAAACUAUUUUGCACUCUAUGAGAAAUCAUAAUAUGUAUUUGUUUAAAUGCUCUUCAAAUAAAAGAGACGUUCUAUAGCAGAAUAAUGUUAUGUUAUGUUCAAGUAAGUGCUUUAAAACACGUUAUUGUGUUCGUGCCAGAAUUCAAUAUAUUACUGUUUGGCUUUUCAAUAGUUGCUUUAUCAGAACCUGAUUAUUUUUUUAGAUGCACCAAGCACACGUGUGUUUCGUUAUGCAGGCCCAUGCCACUUGCUGUACUUUGGCAGUGUGUGAGUAAAGCUGUUGAUGAAAAAUGUGCAAUAAAGCUGUCAAAUAACAAGCA